AUGGAUGUCCAGAAGGAGUGCAAUCAGCAAGUUAAUGAAGAAGAUUUAGUUGUAGCAUUAGAACAUAUGAUCAGAAUGGCCGCUGAGCUUAAUUCAAUAAUAGUGACGGAUAAUGUGGAGGUUGGAAUGUUGACUGCACUACCCAGACCAAUAUGGGCAAAUAUUCGAAAUGAAUUAAUCAAAGAUUCGAUGAAUUUCGAUUCAUUGAGAUCGAUUGAAGAAUCUAUCUGUGUAAUUUGUUUGGAUAAAUGGAAGAUUGAUGAAAACACUCCAGGCGAUAGUCGCGAUCAGGUUUCUAUGGCUGAACAAAUACUUUACGGUGGAAAAGAUAUGGUUAAUUCUUCUAAUCGCUGCUCAGAUGGUGUCUGGGGUAUGAACACUGAAAUUUCAUCAGUUGAUGGUAUAGUUAUAAAUAGAUUAGUAGAGGAUUUAAUUCAUUACACUGUAAUUAAACCAUUUGAUAUACAUAUAUUUCAUUUUCAUGAUUAUGGAGAUAAAUUGCUGAAAUUGUAUAACGUUAGUCCGGAUGUAUUUGUUCAAAUUAGUCUCCACUUUACAUAUUAUAAAUUAAAUCAGUGCUUAUGUGUAUCGUAUGAGCCAGUAUCAACAAGACGCUUUCAUCUGGGUCGCACUGAUGCGCUAAAGUCAAAUAUACCUGAAACAUUAAAUUGGAUCAAAGCCAUGAUGGAUAAAAACGGCAAUAGUGUAGUAGUAGCACAUUAG